AUGCGGUUCGUUCGUCCGACAUCAGUCUUGUUGUUUACGGCCUGCCUCCUAGACACCACCAACGCUUUUGGCUGGAAGCUUUUUGGCAAGAAGUCCUACAAUCUGCUCGGGUUUUCUCCUCCAGCCUUCUAUGCAAACGGAAAAAGAGAUCUAGAUUCACUUCCGGGGGGGUUCAAUGGCCUAGCAGCAAGGGAUUCUAGCCCUGCGGAAAAACAUCCCCUAGAGAAAAGGGCAGGGAAGUCAUGCGAUUGCAUAGAAACGGAAACAGCGAGCUACGGUCUCGCUUCCCUUGAGCCUUUCAUGGCGACCCCGUUCGGAAAGUGCAAUACUCAAAGCUCAACAUCAAGAGUCUGCCCAACCGAUCAUUUCUGUGUUCCUCAAGACAAGACUUUUAGUCGAUGCCUGCCGACCACUGUCACUCUAAAUGCCGAUUACAUAACAUAUACUGGCCCCGCUGUCCAACCGAAAGUCACCUUUUGGUGGCUUGAUACGCCACCUGAUUAUGGCGCCGACCCGUCUGGCCAAUGUGGCGGGACUAGCCAGCCAUCCCCGGCCCCUCUCUGGGAUAUGCGUAAGACCAAAUGUCCCCACGAGCACGCAUGCGCUUGUCAAACAGCUGGCUUUUCCGUCUGCGUGGAUACCAAAGCGAAAGAGUACACUGGCACUGCUUGCCCCAAGGCCGCCAACACAUGCAAGUACCAAUUCAAGGAUAAUUUGCCCCCUCCAACAGCAACAGCCAAGAUUGGAGGCCAAUGUGGUGGUUCAUGCUGGCCCGGGCCUACAAACUGCCCUGGCGGCGCAACCUGCUUUACAGAGACUCACCCAUCUCCGGGAGCGUAUGCUAUGUGUCAUACUACUAAGCCUGCAGCUGUAAGGAAGCUGAGGUUAAAAGAAAGAGCAGAAGAGGGGAUUAAUGUUCCCGCACGAGUACAAGCGCUAGCCACUCCGAUAUACUUCUGA